UAAAAAUACUUUCGCAAAUACAAUAAAACAAAACAAAGACACUUUCUAUAUUGCCAAUUACGUUAAGUGGAGCACCUACCGCAGCUUCAUUCGCGAUUCGAUUGUUUAUUUUUGCGUAAAUGUUGAUCAAGAGUGAACGUUCGAAUCCUUAACCUUGCCGAUUGUGCCAAAAAUCCUGUUUCUUUGGUUGAAAUGCUAGGCGAUUAUGAAGAAGACUCAUCCUCAUCCGGGGGAGAAUGUACUCCGACCCGGAAACCAAAUGCAUCGAUGGGGCUCGGCAACAAUCAGCAGAACACAACGAUUCUCUCCUCCCUACGUAGCAUACUUAUCGUUAUAAGUACUGCGCUCAUCGUAUUUGCCGCUGCUCGUAACACGAUCACAUGGCAUUGCCAGAAGUUCUGGGGCGCUUCCGGCGAUUUUUGGCAGGCGCAAUGGGACAAACUCCUCGAUAUGAUAGGGGAAGAUCCCGUCAUUUUGUGGGUCUACGGCUCGUUGAUCGUGACGAUGAUUGUUUAUUGGCUGUUCGGCGCGAUUUACACAAUUUUAGAUCUGACAAACAAACCGGCGGCGAUCAGACGAUACAAAAUCCAACCAGGGACCAACGAGCCGGUCGACACUAAACGACUGAUGAAGGUAAUCUGGCAAGUGAUCCUUAAUCAGACCCUUGUCAGUUUGCCGGUGUCGUACCUCAGCUACUGGAUAAUGGCGCGACGCGGAUAUCCGUCAUUUCGUGAUUUGCCCACUUUUCAUUGGGUAUUGUACGAGUUGGCGAUGCACAUCCUAUUGGAAGAAGUCGGAUUUUACUAUUCGCACAGACUUUUACACAGCAAGUUCAUUUACAAAUACAUCCACAAGCAGCAUCACGAAUGGACAGCACCUAUCGCCGUGACCGCAAUCUACGCUCAUCCAAUCGAGCACAUCUUCUCGAAUUUACUACCGCCCUUCCUGGGCGUGUUCAUAAUGGGCUCGCACGUCGCAACUGCGUGGCUAUGGUUUUCGCUGGCGAUCUUAUCAACCUUAAACGCACAUUCCGGGUACCAUCUACCGUUUCUACCAUCACCCGAAGCCCACGACUUCCACCACUUAAAAUUUAAUCAGUGCUUCGGUGUCUUGGGAGUGCUGGACCGUUUGCACGGCACCGACAUCAAUUUCAGGGCGACGCCCGCAUACGCGCGCCACAUCAUGAUGUUGAGCUUCUUACCGCCGCGGGACGUCUUUCCCGAUCCCUUACCGAAGCAUAAGAUGGGCAAACAGUAAGGAGGCGAUUAGUAUUACCAUCGCAAAUCAGUGUUAUUUUUUGAUAUAAUGUGUAUCUGUAACUAGAGGUAUUAUUUUAUAAACAUUUCCCGAUUGGGACCGGGAUUUUAAAUUUUACUAAAUGACUAAAAAUACGAAUGAAUGCAUUUGAGAGUGUCGUUUAUCAAUAUUGACUGAUAUCUCUUAAGUUUGUAAUUUUAUUUGAUAUACAGGGUCAUAUUUCAACAUCGCUGUCUUUUUUAUCGUGGGCGCUACGUUUCAGAGUGGGGUAACAUAUUCGCAACUCAGUUUUCCUAUUUCUAAUUUUUCACAAAAACAUUCAGAAUGGGGAAAACCUCAACAAAUAAUUUUGAAAUAAUAUAUACAGGGUGUCAAAUAAGUUGUAAUAUUGUUACGCCUACUCAAAAAUUAACGUCCCAUAAAUUUUUUAAUUUAGCUGUUAGUUUAUAGACCCAUAGACCGAUGUUGGUGUAUGAUUCUGUGUAGUAAAUGUGGGCCAAUGAUGGGUUAUACAGGAUGUUUAUGAAUUUUUGAUAAUCUUAAGAAAAAGAAGUAUACUAUUUUGUAUUUUUAUUUAUGUCACACGAGGAGGAAUCUUAUCGCUUGUUUGUGUUAUUCGAGCAAUUGUAGCUUUGUUUUGUGUAGUGUCUACGUCAAUCAUGUUGUAACGUUACUUAAGAUAACCCAAAAACUACACACCUUCUAUAAGUUCAUCUGUACCAAAUCUUUAUUGUAUCCUUGUUUGAUAAGUACAUAGUGAGAGAGAGAGUGAAAAUAAAUGUGAUAACUAAAUAUAUAAAACAAUUGUUAUUU